AAUUAUGUUUUGCCAGGUGGCUUAACCACCAGGUGAACAAUAUCUAGUAGAGUUAUCUCGUUUUAGAUGUAGAGUUUCAUUCUGAAAUAUUAAAAGUACAAAAUCUAGUUUCAUGGUGCUAUAAAAUACAAAAAGUGGUUCGAAUUUUCAAAAUUUUAAAAAUUCUCUUGUGGCAGUUUGCGUGACAGGUGCGGAAAUAAACAAAUGAACAAUGUCAACUGAUAGGUACCACAAAGCUGCCAAAGAUGGCAUGAUAGAAGUACUAAAAGAAGCAACUAAAAGAGACUGCAAUGGACGAGACGAGCAAGGAAUGACUCCGACUCUUUAUGCGGCGUUUUAUGGAAAUUUGGAAGCACUUAGAUUGUUAUGUGGUCGAGGGGGAGACCCGGACAAAGCCGACCUCUUCGGCAACACAGCUCUGCACUUGGCCGCGGCCCAAGGCCAUAAACACAUCGUCACAUUCCUAGUCAAUUUUGGAGCCAAUAUUUACUCGACUGACAUCGACGGCCGAACCGCUCAAGAACUGGCCGGGAUGAACAACCGCGACGACAUCCUCCGGUUCUUAGACGGUGUCCACGCCAAACUGGAAGCCGGAGACAAAAAGAAAGCCAAAACACUCAAAGAAAAAGCAAAGAAAGAGUCAGAAAAACGCAUCAAAGAAUUUAACAAACGUCAAGUCAAAAAAGAACAAGUUCAAGAGAAGUUGGAGAAACGAAUGAACAAAGGUCACCAUAGGCCAUCGAUGAUAGAAACGCUAAAAACCAGAAUUAAAAGUGGGUCUAUGUCAAAUUUGGCGAAUCUGGGACCUGCACCUCCGAGGUUCAGUACGAUUGUAGGCAAUGGGACGGUUUCCGGGAUGAGGAAUUUGGGGUCGGUACAAAGGAGGGUUCUUGCGAGCAGGACUACUCGGCCUGGCUUUGAUGACGAUUUCAAGGUUAGUGAAAUUGAAGAUGGAAAACGUUCAGUAAGGUCAUUAACGGGCUACAGGCGGGACUCUGAAGUGCUUUACACGGGUACCAUCGACGGCAGGAGAGGCCGUUUGGAGUCAGUUUUUAAUGAAGCUGAAUAUAUUGACUCGUCACCUCCACCACCACCGUCCAGUAAUGGUCUCAUUAGAUCCAUGUCUCAGCCUGAUUUCAUGCACGAACUAGAAACAAACGGCGAUAAUAAAAUCCAACAAGAACCAGCAAGUAUUUUUGUCAGGCCAGGAAUUGGUAGUAUAGCUUUCCGGAAGAGCAUAACGAACACUUUCCAAGGCUUUUAUUCUAGCGAAGGCCCCAACGAGGAAAGUUCAAUCGGAUCUGGGGAGAGUUACGGACCCAGAACUAACACUCUGUCAAUCGAUGAGCUUACAGACCCAGAAUCCAGUGAUGAUGACAAUCCAAAUGCUCCCUUAGAACGUUUUUUGACAGCUUGGGGUUUAGGAGAGUAUCUUCCUCGUUUCGAAGAACAGAAAAUCGAUUUGGAUACUUUGAUGAUACUGACAGAAAACGAUCUCCUAAGCCUAAAAUUGCCACUAGGGCCCCAUAGAAAACUUGUGACUGCUGUCAGUGAACGGAAAGCCGCACUGGAAAAUCCCGGCGAAGUUACAGAUAGCAUGUUGUAAAUAUAAAGUCAAAAUGUAUUAUUUAUUCACUGUUUUGAAAUAUAAUAACGGUAUUGUAUGUA